UGAGAAGGCCUGGGAGGUUGGAGGUUGCGAAGAGGCGGGAGUGGUUACGAGAGUACGAGAGCCUUUGCGGGUUUUCCCUCCUCUCUUUAUCCUUAAGGGUCGGCUGCUGCGGGGACAGCCCGGGCCCAGUGUAUGGCCACGGAGUUACGGUGUCCGGACUCCAUGCCCUGUCACAACCAGCAAGUAAACUCUGCCUCGACCCCAAGUCUCGAGCCGCAGCAACCUGGCGACCUGAUGCCGGACCAUGCCGGGGCAAACAGCGACUCCACCGCCAAGCAGACUCUCCUCAGCGUGCACGCCCAUUCUAUCGUAACCGCCGAGCGGGACCCUAAGGCCUGCGGCAGCGCCAGCUUCAACUCAGAGAGCAAUGGUGGCAACUAUGACGCAUCAGCCAGCGACUCCCUCCUAGGGGACUGCGAACUCUUCCGGCAGAUUGGGGCGCAGCUUAAGUUGCUGCCUAUGAAUGAUCAGAUCCGGGAACUACAGACCAUCAUCCGGGACAAGACAGCCAGUAGAGGGGACUUCAUGUUUUCUGCAGAUCGUUUGAUCAGACUUGUUGUGGAAGAGGGAUUGAAUCAGCUACCAUAUAAAGAAUGCAUGGUGACCACUCCAACAGGGUACAAGUAUGAAGGAGUGAAAUUUGAAAAGGGAAAUUGUGGGGUCAGCAUAAUGAGAAGUGGUGAGGCAAUGGAACAAGGUUUACGAGACUGCUGUCGAUCCAUACGAAUUGGAAAGAUCCUGAUUCAGAGUGAUGAGGAGACACAAAGAGCCAAAGUAUAUUAUGCCAAGUUCCCCCCAGACAUUUACAGGAGAAAAGUCCUUCUGAUGUAUCCAAUUCUCAGCACUGGAAAUACUGUAAUUGAAGCUGUAAAGGUUCUCAUAGAACAUGGAGUUCAACCUAGUGUUAUUAUCCUACUCAGUCUGUUCUCCACUCCUCAUGGUGCCAAAUCAAUCAUUCAGGAGUUUCCAGAGAUCACAAUUUUAACUACUGAAGUUCAUCCUGUUGCACCUACACAUUUUGGGCAGAAAUACUUUGGAACAGACUAAGUUAUUGAAGAAAAAUUAUUCUCUGGCAUAACAUUACGGUUAUGUUUUGAGUUUCUGUUUCACUAAUUCACCUGAGGAAUGACAGAAAAUUUGUGUUAAAGAUACUUUGUAAUUAUUGAAAGUGGGUAUAGUAAAAAGGAAAUAUUUGAGGUUUAUUUAUUUUUAUUUAGUUAUUUCUUGACUUUUGGCACCAAAUUCAACAAAUAAGCAUAUACAACUCAUAAAAUAUUUUAAUAAUGUUCUUGUGCAAAUUGCUGAUCCCUCAGUGCAUUGAAACUGUUCUCUAAUUUAUGAACCUCAAUUUAGAGGUUGCUUGCAGCCACAAAUAAAACCCAAAUUCGAGUCAGUUCUUUGGCCCACUAUACUUUGCCUUUUGUUUAGUUUGCUUUUAUUUUUUAGUUCUAGGGAAUUUCAUGUAUGUAGCUGUUGUCACCUUCCUCUACUCUUUACUUCCUAGUACUAUACGUAUUGGUAACGUAGAAUGAAGAAAGAAUGCCUCCUGGAAUUUUAUGUUUCCAUUAAUAUCUUCACUCAAUUGGCAGAUCCACUUAGCUCUUCUGUCAAGCCAUUAUGUUCUUCAUGGCUCAUUUCCUACUUUGUGACUUGGUGUUUGCCCUGCCAAGUGUAAUGCAGUAAAGAAGAUGGUGGGGCAUUUCCAACAAUGGAACUGUAACAUUAAUUUACAUAGAUCGAACUGGGAACGUCUGGAUGCUGACAAGGGAGAGCUAAAUACUGUUAAUGCUAUCAGUGCCCUAGAAAUUAAUUUGGUGUUUUUACUGAGGUAUGGAGAAAAGGAUAGUUUUUCAUUGGGUUCAUGGGCAGUAAGUAAAUUAAAAUGCUUCAUUUUUAAUUUGGAUGUUUCUGCUGGAGGCCUUUGAUUUGGAACUUAGUUAUUUUGCAUGUUUGUUAAUUGUAGAUGUAUUAAAAUGGGAAAAAUACCAUGAUAUUAAAAAAACCCUAAGAUUUAUAUGUUUAUAUGUUAUAUGAACAUAUUUAGGCUUCUGAAAGGAAGAUAAAUCAUUUUAGGAAUCUGUGUUUGCGUUCUGAAAGUUGCUUUUAAAACCCUGAUCUCAUUUUACAUUGAUAUUAAAACAUUUUAACAGU